AGAAUGAACUGGACACCCACAAGUCCUGCUGUCCUCCCCAUCUUGCUCAGCUCACCCCUCAGCUUUUGGAAGGCAGCCUGGAGCUGGCCCUUGGGGAUGCCUGUUUACAUGUAAACACACGUGUUACAUGGAUACACUUCCUGGCUGGAAGCAGCCUCUGCACACUCAGGCCUCCCUCCUAGCCAGAUCUGCACUCUGUAGGGAUGGAAAGAGAAGAGCUCUCAGGGCCUUGGCUGGACACUAUCAAAGGGCACUGACUCCUGGCAGGGAACUCUCCUCCUCUCAGCUCCUAAGGAGCCAGCCUUGGAGGUAGUUGUCAGAAAGCAGCAGGAGGGUGGGAUUGGAGAGAGGAGACCUGAGCCAGGUCAGAAGAGAUCCUCUGCUCUGGGCUGGGGCAGGGAGGGUCAGUGGGUAAUACGGGAGGGCAAGGCUUCUGAGCUCUGCUUUUGCCAACCACUUCCUGUCUCUCUUCAGCGGGGGCUCAAGCCCCAGACCUCCAGACAUGACGUCAGAAUCAUUUGCAUCGGCUGCCUCUACCUGUUCGGUCCAGCUGGGACCCUGCCUCACCAUCCCCAAGGCCAGAGGGUUGGGUGAGUGUGUAUGGGAGAGGAGGGCUGGACUCUGGUAUCCUUGGAUGGGUGGCACCCCAGGCUCUCCAGCCUCUUGGCUCAGCCUGGGCCCCUCCCCAUCCAACCUCCACUCCAGUCCUCACACAACUUCCUCUUCCUGCAAAAGAGGGGCGCUGCCCGGUGACCUACACAGACUGAGACAAGAUCGCCAUGAAUGGAGACCUCUGGAAAAGCUCAGAAGCCGAGGCCCACGGGGCCCACUGGAGCCCCGAAGGGAGACCCUGGGCGGGGGCUGAAUCACGGCCUCCCGACAGCCUCCCAGUGCCUAGGCUUUGAAGGGGAUCUGGGGACUUCCCACCCCGUCUGCAGGGAAGGGUUGUCAGUCUGGCAAGGUGUGUACUGGGGACACCCCAGCCCCUGCCAGCUAACCCCACAUCACCCCCCACCCAACACCACCACCACCACACACACAAAAAAAUUGGAUACAUUUUGAAUAAAGCGAUUCGGUUCCUUAUCCGGGGACUGGGUUGCUCCGUGUGAUUGGCCGGCGGAGUCACAUGGUGAAAGUAACUUUACAGGGUCGCUAGCUAGUAGGAGGGCUUUAUGGAGCAGAAAAACGACAAAGCGAGAAAAAUUAUUUUCCACUCCAGAAAUUAAUGAUCAUGAGCUCGUAUUUGAUGGACUCUAACUACAUCGAUCCGAAAUUUCCUCCAUGCGAAGAAUAUUCGCAAAAUAGCUACAUCCCUGAACACAGUCCGGAAUAUUACGGCCGGACCAGGGAAUCGGGAUUCCAGCAUCACCACCAGGAGCUGUACCCACCACCGCCUCCGCGCCCUAGCUACCCUGAGCGCCAGUAUAGCUGCACCAGUCUCCAGGGGCCAGGCAAUUCGCGAGGCCACGGGCCGGCCCAAGCGGGCCACCACCACCCCGAGAAAUCGCAGCCGCUCUGCGAGCCGGCGCCUCUCUCAGGCGCCUCCGCCUCCCCGUCCCCAGCCCCGCCAGCCUGCAGCCAGCCAGCCCCCGACCAUCCCUCCAGCGCCGCCAGCAAGCAACCCAUAGUCUACCCAUGGAUGAAAAAAAUCCACGUUAGCACGGUGAACCCCAAUUAUAACGGAGGGGAACCCAAGCGUUCGAGGACAGCCUACACUCGCCAGCAAGUCCUGGAAUUAGAGAAAGAGUUUCAUUACAACCGCUACCUGACCCGGAGGAGAAGGAUCGAGAUCGCCCACUCGCUGUGCCUCUCUGAGAGGCAGAUCAAAAUCUGGUUCCAAAACCGUCGCAUGAAAUGGAAGAAGGACCACCGACUCCCCAACACCAAAGUCAGGUCAGCGCCCCCGGCCGGCGCUGCGCCCAGCACCCUCUCGGCAGCCACCGCGGGCACUUCUGAAGACCACUCCCAGAGCGCCACGCCGCCGGAGCAGCACCGGGCAGAGGACAUUACCAGGUUAUAAAACAUAACUCACACCCCCUGCCCCCACCCCGCGCCCCAACCCUUCCCUCGCACACAAAUUGACUCUUAUUUAUAGAAUUUAAUAUAUAUAUAUAUAUUUUGGUUCUUUUCUCUCUUCCUCCCACCUUGUCCCUUGUCAAUUCCAAACAGAUAAACAAACAAGCCCCCUGCCCUUCUCUCCCUUCCACUGUUAAGGGCCCUUUUAAGCAUGUGAUGUUGUCUUAGCAUGGUACUUACUGGUUUUUUUUUUUUUUCAAGGCCGUUUGGGGGGUUAUUUAUUUUUUAAGAAAAACUGCAAAAAUUAUAUAUUGCAAGGUGCGAUGGUCUGGUUUGGGUGAAUUUCAGGGGAAGAGAGGAAAAGAAAAAAGGAAAGAGAGAGAUUUUUAAGCCAAUUCUCAUCCUUCUUCUUCUCCUCCUCCUCCUCCUUUCCCCCUCUUUCCUUAGGCCUUUUGCAUUGAAAAUGCACCAGAGGAGGUUAGUGAGGGGGAAGUCAUUUUAAGGAGAACAAAGCUAUGAAGUUCUUUUGUAUCAUUGUUGGGGGGGGGUGGGAGGAGAGGGGGGAAAGACAACAGACAAAGCUAAAUGCAUCUGGAGAGCCUCUCAGAGCUGUUCAGUUUGAGGAGCCAAAAGAAAAUCAAAAUGAACUUUCAGUUCAGAGAGGCAGUCUAUAGGUAGAGUUCCCCUGCCCCCCCCCCCACCAUCGUGGUUAUUGUGUUUUUGGACUGAAUUUACUUGAUUAUUGUAAAACUUGCAAUAAAGAAUUUUAGUGUCAAUGUGAAAUGCCCCGUGAUCAAUAAUAAACCAGUGGAUGUGAAUUAGUUUUACGUCAAUGUCUGAUGGUUUCUUUUUAUCCCCCUCCUCCUUCUGGCCUGGCUUAACAUCCCACCUUCUCUCUAGUUGCCUAAGUUUACUCCAAGCAAACACACAAAUCUUAGCUCGCAACUCCGGUUUGCCAAUGUCUUUAGAAGAACCAGCAAGGGGGUUAGCGUAGGGGACCCUCAGAAGAGGGACAUGGAAGAUUAGGACUGAUUUCUCCUGUCCUCUUCCUUCUGGGUCUGCAAAGACCCUCCUGGGGUACUUAUAGUAAAGCUGGGGUGAGGGGGUGUCAUAUUUUCUGUAGUUAGGCACAAUCCCUUCUUUUUGUCUAUUUCCCUCCCCUUCCAUCUCCCUUCCUUCUGCUGAGCAGGCCUGCCUAAUUUCCAGACAAGAAGGCAAGUUUAGAGAGUGGGAGGGAGAAAAGCUUUCACCUUUUGGGGGGUCUUUGGGGGUGAAGAAUGAAGGGAGAUGGCCCCUCAACAUGCAAGUUCUCCUUAAAAGAAGAAAAAGGUUUUGAGCUGGUGAUUCUGAGGCAGCAAAGUGACCUGUCAGGAUGGCUUCUCUGUUUGUUUAGACUUGGAGAGAAGGGUGAAGUGGAGGCCAGAGGCCUGGGAGGCCCCCUUGCAUGGGAAGGCCUCAAAGCCUGGUGCUGGGAGAUAAUGUAGCACUUUUAUUUUCACCCCUAACUUUUAUCGUAAUCUGCCAGGUGUUGAGAAGAAACUAGAAGAGAGCCUGGGACUAUCCCUUCGUCCCCUGACCUCACAGGU